AUGAACUUAAGACAGUUAUGCGAAACUGCGUCUUUUCGCAACAGCCGGCUCAGUGGCAUGAGUUCCGACACGACUUGGAGCUUCGAAGAUGAAUGGGACUCAAGCGCCACCCUACCAGCCGAGGAUUCGGCUGCGGUCGGUGACCGUUUCUUUGCUCCAGUCGUACGUGAUAACUCGCUCUCCACCGUACCCAUGUGUGAAAGCACUGAUUAUCACCAGAUCUCCGAGGAGGAUCUUGUCCAUUAUCUAAAUGCGAGGCUACCACCUGUAGACAACGUAGCCCCGUUCAUCCCGUUGUACGCCAGCUCUCCGCGUCCAAUACUGGAUGAAGUCGGGGAAAAAGCGCACCAUGUUGAAGCUGAAGCACAGUGUUUAUCUGCGCUUACAACGUCACCGCCGCCAACUUUAUCUCUUCUAGGAGCAACAGAUAGCUUCCUUGCCGAUUACAAUGCCACUGUCUUCCCCACACCACCGUGUCUUUCUUUCUAUGGUUGA